ACAGCAACAGUCAGUCGACGUCAACAUUUUUUGUGUGUGUAGUAAUUCCUUUCAUUCAAUUUCAAGAUAAACGUGGUUAAAAAAGUAACUCAAAUACAAAUAAACCAUUUAUAACACUGUCAAUAUUACAUUGACUUGGAUCUCAAUAUAAUAAUGCAAAGAAAAAAAGAUACGAUAUUUGUUUAAAAACCAAGUUUACAAAGAGUAAAAAAUUUAGAAAACCGCUAUUUUAUUUUUCAUCAUUAUAGAACCAAAACUAUCAUAUUUUCCAUGAAAUCUGCUGGUAAUCCAGAAGUCGGUGACAUUCUUGAAGAAACCGAACUUGUAACUGUAAAAGGAGAUAAAACAGAACGUGAAGCUGACGAUCAAACCCUAAAGGUAGAAGAGACUGAGACCAGUCAGCUGACAUUGGCAACCCCAAAGGUGGAGACUGAGGACAGUCAGCUAACAUCUGAAACUAUGGAUAAUGAUACUAAAAAGUCGCAAACAUAUUCCCCAAAUCGACAAGUUAAGCAUGGUUAUAUAAAAUAUGUAAGUCUUGUAGUGCUUACAGUACAAAAUGCUGCAUUGGGACUAAGUAUGCGAUAUGCACGUACAAGAGAAGUAGUAAUGUUUUCUUCAGCAGCAGCUGUUGUGAUGGCUGAAGUCUUCAAAUUAGUUUUUUGUGUUGGUCUUGUAAUACAAGAAUCUCGUGGGGUUAAAAAAGGUUUUGAUACCAUGUAUGCAACAGUAAUUUUAAACAUCAAGGAUACUUUACGUGUUUGUGUGCCAUCAUUUCUUUAUAUAAUUCAAAACAACUUGCUGUACGUGUCAGCUUCAAAUUUAGAUGCUGCCACUUAUCAAGUCACAUAUCAGUUGAAGUUGUUGACAACAGCAUUUUUCGCGGUUAUCGUUUUGAAAAGGAAACUUAAAAAAUGGCAAUGGUGUGCUUUAGCGCUGUUAGCAUCUGGCGUUGCACUUGUGCAGCUAUCAUCGACAGAUAAAAAACAAACUUCUGGCUCAGAAAACCAGUCUAAAGUAAUUGGAUUUGCUGCAGCAUUAACUGCAUGCUUUAUAUCUGGAUUUGCUGGAAUUUAUUUCGAGAAGGUACUCAAGGAGUCCGACGUAUCGGUUUGGAUGAGGAAUGUGCAAUUGAGUUUACUUUCUCUACCAUUUGGCACAAUUACCUAUCUGUUUAACAAUGAAUGGUCAAUUAGAGAUUUACUCAAAGGAUUCGACGGAUUCGUUUGGUAUUUGGUAUUACUACAGGCAGCCGGUGGCUUAUUAGUUGCGGUAGUAGUUAAAUAUGCUGACAACAUUCUCAAGGGAUUUGCAACAUCUGUGGCGAUAUUGAUAUCUUGUGUUGUUUCGAUAUAUUUGUUUAAUUUUGUGUUGACUAUACAAUUUGCGUUUGGGACAGCACUUGUUAUAGGAUCCAUAUUCUUAUAUGGUUAUGUCCCUAAACCUGACACGCGAAACUCGUUAAAUGUAUGAUUCAUUCACAUUGAGUCCCUCAAGACUAGACUUUCUGUCGGCCGAUAUUUUGGUUGCCAUCUUAAUCAAUAUGAAAAGCUACGGAAAUGCGCACAUUACAGCGAUACAAUAUCGGCCGAUUAAAAAGUUCGAUUGGAGUUUUGUUUUCAACCGACUUCAAAAAAAGGAGGAGGUUCUCAAUUCGACCCGUAUGUUUUUUUUUUUUUCAACCGACUUCAAAAAAAGGAGGAGGUUCUCAAUUCGACCCGUAUGUUUUUUUUUUUUCUAUGUUUGUUACGCGAUAACUCCGCCAAUUAUGAACCGAUUUGAACAAAUCUUUUUUCAGCGUAUAGGUAAUACCUCAAGGGUGGUCCCAUUUAAAUUUAAUAAUAAAAAAAACAACCCCCAAGGGUGGAAAAUUGGGGAUGAACUUUUUUAUACACAAUAUCUCCGCCGAUUAUGAACCAAUUUGAACGAUUAUUUUUUUGUUGAAUAGGUAUUAUCAAAAGGGUGGUUUCAUGCGAAUUUGAAGAAAAUAUUUCACCCCCAAGGGUGGAAAAUUGGGGAUGAAAUUUUUUAUAAUAUACAUUAAGAAUAUGGUCUCAAUGUACUGCCUACCUUCAGUGGUAACAUCAAGGUAAUAAUUAGUUAACUAAAAAGCAAGAAAUAAGUAAAAUUUUAUAAAAAAAAAUAAAACCGACUCCAAAAAACCUACACUAAAAAGUAGAAAAAUAAUUACUAAUUACCAGUUGCAGGCAAACUUUACAUGUUUCAUAAUCUUGGCACUGACUCCAGAAGUAUCAAUCAUGGUAUACCUACAUAAAUAUUAAUAAUUCGUCCUAAUAAAUAAGUAGCUAGGUAAUUAGUAAUUAUUUUUCUACUUUUUAGUGUAGGUUUUUUGGAGUCGGUUUUAUUUUUUUUUAUAAAAUUUUCAAACUAAAUUAUCGGCCGACCGCUUGAUCAAUAUGACGCUCCUCCAAGAACGCACACUUUCCGAUUGUUUCAUCGGCCGACCAUGUAAUGUAAAACUCCCCUGUACCCAUUACUGUAGAUGGGAUGUACAGUCGACAGUACAUCAGACUACAUUUUAAAUUGUUGCAACUAUUACUACUACUACCAUUGUAUGUACCUAAUAUCUACUCUUGAUUACACUUUUUUAUCUCUCUUCUGAGGAGAAUCUCCUCUGUAUCAUUCUGGUAUCAUGUCACGCACCUGAACUCUACCUACUCUAGUGAAUGUUGGUUGCUUGGUUUACAUUAAGGCACGUUUUGUUGGCCUAUUGAGCGCACUAGCAGUAACCGAACUAUACUAUCGGUCGAUAGAGUCUGUAGUCUGCAGGGACAGGGACUCGAGUUGCAUGUCACGUCUAUAGUAUUAAAUUCCUAAAUAUUCAGUAUCUAAUAUUAUAGGUAUAUAGUAAUUAGUAUUUUAAACCCCUCCAGUUAAGCUAAAUAAUGAUUGUUUUAAGAGUGUGGGUUCUCAUCAUCUUAUAUAUCUUAUAGUUAAUGGGAUGAGGGGGUUCGCUCUACCGACCCUCGAAUCGUCAGUCCGACCGACACUGACACCGUUGGGCUAUUGUUGCCUUAUGUUUAUAAAAUUACUCUUCUGUUUAUCUUUAAAAAGGAAAUGUAUCAUUUUUGUUCACUAUUGUUUGUUCGUAAUUCUAGUCAUAACCCAGUAACUGUGGCAGCGUAGCAUGGGUUGGCAUGACACCCGGGGCUCUCACAAGUUGGGUACCACCCCAGAAUGGUCUGGUGCUCCCCAGGAUUUAUGGGUUACCGAUAUUCGAAGAAGACAGACUGAAGUUAGUACUAAGUCAUGAGCUAUAUGAUACCAAUUGAUCGAAGCACUCACACUCACUACGCCGCCCGCCACUGCCAGUAAGUCCUCUGAGACAACUUGUCUAAGACUUAGUAUUAUGGGGUAUGAACGACCGGACAUUUUGUCUCCAGUAAUAAAUGAGCCAUAUAGGUAAGUGAUAUUUCUACUUAGUACAUACUUAAAUUUCUUAGUCGAUGGUAAAAAAAUAGGGCUGGUUGUCUAUAGCACUUGCUCGUUCCAACUCGAUAUCAACGCCUACCUUUUUUAUGACUGCAUUAUUAAUUAUAACCAUACGUUUAUUGUACUUACUACAGUUGAAGUAGUUUCAACUAUAUUCCACUGCAUAAAUAUUAUUAGUUUGCCAAAUAACUAUUCGUAGAUAUUGACAUGGUAUCAAGGUCAGUUAAUAGCAUGCAAGAGACGCUAGUUCUGGACAGCUGAUACUUUGUAGCGUUUUCCCAAUUUAUUGGUACAAAACGUAUCUAACUAUACUUGAAAACAAUAAAAAAACAUCAAUAUUGAGAAGCUAAGACGCACAAUAUUAAUAUGAUUAGAGAACAGAAGUAAUAUUUAUUUUGGGACUUAUGUUGUAAUAGUAAUAAAUGAUAAUCUUAGAUUAAUAAAGCUUUAUUAAUCUAUGAUUAUUUUAUGAUGUUAAUAGGGAUUGUUUUAUUAUGUAUUUAGGUUAAAUUUUACUUGUCAUUGAGUAUUAAAGUGUAAAAAUUAUAUACACGAAUUAUUACAAUUAAUGUAAGAAAAUAAUUAGUGUACAUUAUAAAUAAAUUUAUAAAUAAAUAUAACCGCGUGGACCGUGGUCGACCGGUUGGCAACUCGAUUUGUCGCAGGAACACUUAUCGGUUUUAUUAUUCCCGAUGUAAUGUAACGACUUUAAUUAUGAGUUUCUCAUUACAUUACUUAAUUUUAUUUUAUUAUUGUCGUUAAGUGUGUGGCAUACUACUCGUAUGCAACAUUAUAAUAAAGAUUGUACAGAGUUAAAUAAA